AGAACUGGAUCGGUUUAUGUGUGGUAGAGAAAGUUCCUUUUACCAGGUCAUAAUAUGGGGGAGUAAAAAGUACACGAGUUUUACAUGUAGAAAGAUCUGAGUUCCAAUUCAAUAUGAUAUGGUGAUUAACAACAUUGACUAUGCAAUUGGGCUCCCUACCUUUGGUCUACUACUAACUGACCCACGUUUCUUUCUGUGCCUCAGUUUUUCCAUCUUUAGAGUGGGGAUAAUAGUACCUAACCUAUAAGAUUGCAGUGAGGAUUAAUUACAUGCAGUUAAUUCAUGUAGAGCACUUAGAACUGUGGCGCAAGUAAACCCUCAAGCAAUGUCAUCUAUUGUUACUAUUAGUAAAUUCUAGUAGCCACUACUUACUAGCUUAAUGACCUUGGGCAUUCUUUCUCAAUCCCUCUGAAUCACCUUUCUUACCUCUGCAAGAUUAUUGUGAGGAUUAAAGUAAAUAAUACAAAUAAAGCAGAUGUUAGGUCAUCAACAAAUGUUAAUUAUCUCCAUGCUCCCAAAUCAGCCUUAAAACGAUGAGGCAACUAUAUGGCACCAAACUCUGGCUCUAUUAAGGAGAUUUUUACUUUGGGCCUUGAAUUUCCUCUGCCCUUUAACCUUACUGGGCUAAGCAGCGCCAGUGGAUACCAUUAAAUAUCAUGCCUGCCUAAAGUCGCAAAUAGUACAGACAGAUAAAGUAAAAACAAGCAGAGGAAGAGGAGAUAAAGAAAGGAGGGUAUAUAUUGUCUAGACUACUUGAGUCAUAGCAUCUUCUUUUGGAUUCUGUCAGCUUGCUUUCACACAAUCCAAAAAUGGCCUGUAUGGCUAGAGGGACCAAGAUGUAGGUUUUUGGUGCAUUUGUAUUAGUUGUGAACAAACUCAAACAUGGCUUUACUGUAGGUUUUUUGUUUUUUGUUUUGUGUGUGUGUGUGUGUGUGUGUGUGUGUUUUGUUUUUGUUUUGUUUUGUUUUGCUGGUUUCUAAGUAGUCUGUUCCAUUCUCUGUUUUCUGGGUUGCUAGGAUGAACAGGAGCCACAGUACAUUUUAUUAGCUUUGGUUAUUAUUAAGUCGUGUCUCUGGUCCUUCCCUCUGUCACUUUGGCUGCGGCUGGGUCCUUCCAGAGGCCCCUUUAUCUAGUGGCCCUCCCUACAUUUCCCCAGCUACUGAACAGGUUCCUCAUCAUUGUCCAGGGAUGUUGUGUGUAUUGCAUUACAGAGUCUGAUCACCAUCAUCACAUGGGCCUUUUGGGAGUGCCAGGAAUUUUCCCACACACCAGCGACCAGUCACUUUUCUUUUUGUCAGGAGAAGACAUCCUGGGGGAUAUUGCAUAAGGGGAGACUUUGGGGCUGGGUUUGGGCCAGUCUCCUAGUCCUGCCCUUCCUUUGGUUGAUGCUCUGGGCAAGGUGUAUACCUCCGGCCUGGACUAAGUGCUCAUCUCACUUCUCAGCACCAUCGUCAUGUUGAGCUGCCUUUUCCUCCUGAAGGCAGUUCUUGCUCUUGGGUCCCUGAUAUCCUGGGUGGCUUCUGGAGAGCAUGUGAAAGAAGGAGAAUGCCCUCCUAAUAAGAACCUGUGCAAAGAGCUGUGCUGGGGGGACGAAUCAUGUCCGGCUGGGCAGAAGUGCUGCAGCAACGGCUGUGGUCGGGUCUGCCGAGGAGGCAUUCCGAAGGGGAGGAAAGGAGAUUGUCCCAGGGCUGUUCGGAAACAAUCCUGUUUCCAAAGGUGCGUCACUGAUGAGACUUGUCCAGGUAGAAAGAAAUGCUGCGCGUUUGGCUGCAACAAGAGCUGUGUGGUCCCAGUCUCUCAACCAAAGCUGGGGCGGAGUGGCAAUUGUCCAGAUAUUUUGGUGGGCUUGUGCGUCGUCAGUUGCAUGACGGAUGAGAACUGCCAGGCCGGGGAAAAGUGCUGCAAGUCAGGCUGCGGCCGCUUCUGUGUCCCACCAAUUCUGCGAGCCGAACUGGCCACAAACCCCAGCUGGACCCUCAGGUCUGAUUCUGAAUUAGAGACCCGGGUGUCCUAGCUGUCCUGAGCUGCUACAGGGGGCUUGUUCUGGCUGUCAGGAGAGGGAGAUAUCCUGGGGCUGUGACCCUCCGGGGGGCUCUCACUGCCCUCCCUGCUCUGCUUCUGUUCCUGCUGCUGCCCUGAGCGUGGGAAUAUAGCCGUGGAUUUGGGCAAUGGUGUUCGGUGCUGCUUGUCCCCAGUAAAGGCUCAUGCUGA